AUGGGCGCCAGAACCGGCAUCGCCCUCAAGGGGCUGCAAUGGUUCCUCAGAGGCGUGCAGUUCCUAUCGGCCACCAUCAUCUUCGGCAUCUACUGUUACUUCCUCGGUACCCUCAACGGCCGCAAUAUCGAGGUUCCCGACUGGAUUCGCGCCGUUGUGGGCAUUACCGGCUCCGCCUGCUUGUACUCGGGCGUCGGCCUGCUUUUGCUUUGCUGGAUAGCCGGCCGCAAGUUUACCUCCUUUCUCGCCAUCCUUCUCGACGUCGCCUUCGCCGCCGCCUUCAUCUUCGUCGCCGUGUCCAACAAGGGCGGCGCCGGCUCGUGUGACGGAGCCCUCUCCACCCCGUUUGGUGACGGCGACGCCAACAGCAGCCGCGCCGACGGCAUCCCCAACUACCGCACGGCCUGCAAGCUCCAGAGCGCAUGCCUCGCCAUCGCUGUUGUCGCCCUUGUAUUCUUCGUCUUCUCCGCCAUCACCGAGGUCGCGCUGGGCCGCCACCACCACAAGGAGAACAGGAUCGGACCGUCUCCGGAUAAUGGGUACACGUCGGGCUACGGCAGCAAGGGCGGCAUCCUGGGCUUCCUCAGGCGCUCCGGCACCACCAAGACCACGGGCUCCAACAUGCUGCCGAAGCACGCCACGCCCGCCGACAUGCGCGAGCCCGCCGGCCGCGAGAGCUACGCCACCGAGCAGACCGCCGUCACCGAGCCGUCACCCGUCCACGCCUCGCACCACAACCCCAGCCGAGAUCCCGCCCCGGUCCCGUUCUACCCCAACAGGUACGGAGAGGUGACGACGGGCGACGACGCGCUGCCCAUGAACACGGCCAGCUCGGCCAGCACCAACCCGUACGACACGGGCGCUCCCGGGCCGUAUCCUGGCUCGUACAGCCGGCCGAGGCUGUCCGAAGACAACCGUGCCCCGGCGCGGCAGUACCCGGCCGGCUAUAGGUAUUCGGACGGUGUCUACGACGCUUGA